UUCACGUGUUUGUGGGAUGAAAACAGCUCGUUUGAUUCAAUGAGAUCGGGGAGUUUCAGUAAAAUAUUAUUAAAUUUAGCUCUCGGUUUGAAUUAUGAACAAGCAUAAGAAGCAUAUAGUCACUCUUUAUGAUCCAAAAAAGCCGUCUAGGCAGCGGUAACCCAGCUGCUGCAUUAAGAUAACUGUUAGCUCUUCAUGCACCUGGUGCUGACAGUGUGGAGAACAGAGCUGAAGAACCUGAAGAACCAUGCUUACAUACUGCGUGAGAAAACGGCUCUUUCUCCUCAGCCGAGAGACACUAAAGCCUUCAGUGUCCUCAGUGUCGCCUCAACAGAGGAGGUGUGAGUCCGGAGGUUCUAUGCUGGAGCUCCAGCACUACAUCAGCUCCGGCAGAGCAGGCAGAGGAUCCACUUACGGUCCUCUGGGGACAGAGCUGAAGAGGAACGUCCUGCAGCAGUGGUGGGCUGCAGUGGUCAGUUUAAAACCAGAAGUGUUUGGGAUCAGCACACCCUGCAGCUCCAUAGACGGGGGCACUCUGAGGAUUGUGGACGGAGAAGCUUUGGGGGAGCAGCUGAAGGAUCUAUCAGAAGCGCAGCUGAAGGAAAGACUGCACAAACUGUUUCAGCAUAACCAGAGUUUGAGGACUAGUCUCCUCCAAGGUGCCUUGGAGCAGUUCGUCCCCUCUCUGGAGCUCAUCAUCAGGAAGCUGCCGUUUGGACUGGCCGAAACAGGUUUGUGCUACCACCCUGAACCCGAGCGCUCGGAUACAAUCGGUUGUUUCACUGAGGUGACCGAGGCAUCCCUGGUGUGGUUCUGCUCCCCUCGGACCUCCUCCCAGUGGCUGGACUACUGGGCACGGCAAAGACUGCAGUGGUGGAGAAAAUUCGCUUUAGGUCCAUCUGACUUCAGCGUCUGUGACGUGUUGAGUGAGGAGCUGAAGGAGGGGGCGUCCCGUGGAGUGAAGGUUCUCUAUCAGUUCCCCUCGGGCUCCGAAACCCUGGAGACUCUGUGGAGUUUUGGAGACACAAAGCUGCUCAAAACUCACCACGGCAGCCGAGCCAAACUACUGUGUAGGGAUGGGAGGAGGUCAGUUGUGCCUCACGUUCUCUCGGUCAGUGCGAAUGUGGACAGAGGAGUGCUGGCCUUUCUGUUUAACUCCUUACAACACGUCCAAAAAGUGGACAGCAAGCGGAGACUCUAUCAGAGAAAGGUGCUGAAACUGCAUCCUACUCUAGCCCCUGUUAAAGUAGCCCUGGACAUGGGCAGGGGAUCCACCUCUGAGCUACGGCAGGUUUGUGAGGGCUUGCUUCAGGAAUUUCUGGAAGCGGGAAUCUCUGCAUGGCCUGGAUAUUUGGACACCACAUAUUCCUCCAUGGAGAGUCUACAUGUCAAGUACGAUGAGAUGGGUGUGCUGUUUACAGUGAUGAUUACUGAUAGUACGCUGGAGAAUGGACUCCUGAUGGUCCGCAACCGCAACACCACCGUCAAAGAGACCAUGCACAUCUCCGAGAUCAAACAGUUUCUCCUCAAAUACAUCUCUGCUGCGGAAAACAUCUGAACUGCUGAGUUAAAAUGAUCCAACCUCUUUAGUUUUGGACUGGAGGCUAAAAUAUAUGGACAAAGUUCAGACUUCAAGACCUCAGACUGUAUAUAGAUCACAGUAUGUCACGUAUGGCCAGUUUCCUAGACCCAGACCCCGAAGCCUAGACUGACACAAAUAUCCAGUGUUGAUUGGCUCUUGGCGCUGAAAUUUAGUCCAAGGCUAGACUUAAGCCAUGUUUGGGGAAACUGGCCCACACUGUCAGACUUAACUGUGAUAUGAUAUUACUUCACAACUCAACACAGGGAGUAUGAGGUGAGGGUGUGAUGAUUUAGUUUGCAGUUUGCACAAUGCUAACUGGUGACUGUUAGCUUCUAUUGCUUGUUAGCUUCAGUGCUAAAACCACAGGAGCGAACUUCAGACACAAACAUGUUUUGCCUCACUGACUGCAUUUGAGGUAAGCGGGGUAAUUUGUGUAAAUUUGAUUUUUGGCCAAACUACCACUUUAACAGCAGAUUGUACUUCAUAUUGAUGAUUACAGUCAGGAGGGGAAUCUGUUCAGUGAUUCUGAUUAGUUUUCAUAUAUGCAGUCUCUUAUGAUCAGUGUUAUCUACUUGCAUUUGUGUUACUCGGUCUGCCUGUGUCAUACAUUACGCAUAAUUAGAAUUUUUUUGAAUGCUUUUUUGAAACCUUUGCUCAACUGACAUUUCUGUUUGGUGUCAAACAUACUGAAAGCAAGUUAUGUACAAAAUUUUUUAUGAGCCAAUAAAGACAACAAGCUAUGUA